CUUCAAUGGUUCAUUGUCUGUCAUUUUCUCUUAUUCCAGAUUCGAACUUUAGGAAUGCUACGGUCCAGAUUUCAUUCACUGCCAGGUGCCUUUAAUGCCUGUUUAAUUCCAGAGGAAAAGAGUGAGCCAACAAAAAAGAAAGGACUGAAGGCCACUUUUUUUCGGAGCUUUGUUGAGAUCCCAUCUAACAAAGAAAAAGAAGCAGCUAGAUUUGCUCAACUGUGGAACACAAUAAUCAGCAGUUUCAGAGAGGAGGAUUUUAUAAGUAAUAGGGAAAUGGAUCUGUUGCUUGUUCCAUAUUGGGCUGACAGUGAAUUGAACCUCAUACAAUGGCCCCCAUUUUUGCUUGCAAGCAAGAUCCCAAUAGCAUUGGACAUGGCUAAGGAUAGCAAUGGCAAGGAUCGAGAUCUGAAAAAGAGAAUUGAGGGUGACAACUAUAUGUCUUGUGCUGUUUGUGAAUGCUAUGCUUCAUUUCAAAAAAUUAUCAAGUUCUUAGUUCAUGGUGAUCGUGAAAAAGAGGUUAUAGAAUAUAUAUUUUCUGAGGUUGGCAAGCAUAUAGAAGCAGGUGAUCUAUUGAGUGUGUACAAAAUGAGUGCUCUGCCUAGCCUCUAUAAUCACUUCGUCAAGCUCAUCAAGUACUUGUUAGAGAAUAAGCAGGAAGACAGAGAUCAAGUUGUGAUUAUUUUCCAGGACAUGCUAGAGGUUGUGACAAGAGACAUAAUGAAGGAAGAUCACAUAUCCAGCUUGGUUGAUUCUAUACAUGGUGGAUCAGGACAUGAGGGGAUGACCCCACUUGAUCAACAAUAUCAGUUAUUUGCAUCUGAUGGGGCAAUAAGGUUUCCAUUGGAAGAAACAGAAGCUUGGAAAGAGAAGAUCAAACGGCUUGAUCUAUUGCUUACAGUGAAGGAGUCUGCAAUGGGCAUACCAUCUAACCUAGAAGCUAGAAGGCGCAUUUCCUUCUUCUCGAAUUCAUUGUUUAUGGAUAUGCCUUCGGCACCCAAAGUCAGCAAUAUGCUUUCCUUCUCUGUUUUGACUCCAUAUUAUACGGAAGAUGUGCUCUUCUCACUGCAUGAAUUGGAAGUGCCAAAUGAAGAUGGAGUUUCCAUCCUUUUCUACCUGCAGAAAAUUUUUCCAGAUGAAUGGAGCAACUUUCUUGAGCGAGUAAAGUGUAGCAAUGAAGAAGAACUGAAAGAAUCGGAUGAACUUGAAGAAAAACUACGUCUUUGGGCAUCAUAUAGAGGCCAAACAUUGACUAGAACUGUAAGAGGCAUGAUGUAUUACCGGAAAGCUUUGGAGCUUCAGGCCUUCCUUGAUAUGGCCGAGGAUGAAGAUUUAAUGGAGGGCUAUAAGGCUGUUGAAUUAAAUAUGGAGGAUCAGAUUCAGGGACAAAAAUCAUUGUGGGCACAAUGUCAAGCAGUGGCUGAUAUGAAGUUCACAUACGUGGUCUCUUGCCAGCAAUAUGGGAUCGACAAGCGAUCUGGAAAUCCUCGUGCGCAAGACAUUCUAAGGCUCAUGACAAUGUAUCCAUCUCUUCGUGUAGCUUACAUUGAUGAGGUAGAAGAACCCAGCAAAGAUAGAUCUGAAAAUUUUAACCAGAAGGUUUACUAUUCUGCUCUAGUGAAGGCUGCUUUGCCAAAGUCCAUUAAUUCUUCAGAGGCAGUACAAAAUUUGGACGAGGUUAUUUAUCGAAUAAAACUUCCAGGACCUGCUAUCUUGGGUGAGGGCAAGCCAGAAAAUCAGAAUCAUGCCAUAAUCUUCACACGUGGAGAAGGCUUGCAAGCAAUAGAUAUGAAUCAGGACAACUACAUGGAAGAAGCCUUAAAGAUGAGGAACCUGCUUCAAGAAUUUCUUAAAAAACAUGAUGGUGUGAGGCACCCGACAAUACUUGGACUUAGGGAGCACAUAUUUACUGGAAGUGUUUCUUCUCUUGCAUGGUUCAUGUCAAAUCAAGAGACAAGCUUUGUAACUAUUGGUCAGAGAUUGUUGGCAGACCCUUUAAAGGUUCGGUUUCAUUAUGGUCAUCCAGAUGUUUUUGAUAGGGUAUUUCACCUUACAAGGGGAGGUGUUAGCAAAGCAUCCAACACUAUUAACUUAAGUGAGGAUAUAUUCGCUGGCUUCAAUUCUACACUUCGUGAAGGAAAUGUUACUCAUCAUGAAUACAUACAAGUUGGGAAAGGAAGAGAUGUGGGCCUUAACCAGAUUUCUCAAUUUGAGGCAAAAAUUGCUAAUGGCAAUGGAGAGCAGGCAUUGAGUCGUGAUCUAUACAGGCUUGGACACCGUUUUGACUUUUUUCGAAUGUUGUCAUGUUACUUCACCACAGUUGGUUCCUAUUUCAAUACCUUGAUUACUGUUCUCACUGUAUAUGUAUUCCUUUACGGCCGCCUUUAUCUUCUUCUUAGUGGGCUUGAGGAGGCGCUGAACAAACAACCAGCAAUUCGAGACAAUAAGCCUCUCCAAGUGGCUCUUGCUUCUCAAUCAUUUGUGCAAAUUGGAUUUUUGAUGGCCUUGCCUAUGUUGAUGGAGAUUGGAUUAGAAAGGGGCUUCCGAACUGCACUAAGUGAAUUCAUACUAAUGCAGCUACAACUGGCACCAGUAUUUUUCACAUUUACUCUUGGAACAAAGACCCACUAUUUUGGAAGGACUUUACUCCAUGGAGGAGCAAAAUACAGGCGUACAGGUCGAGGGUUUGUGGUGUUUCAUGCCAAAUUUGCUGAGAACUAUCGUCUCUACUCCCGUAGUCACUUUGUCAAGGGACUUGAGCUAAUGAUACUGCUAAUUGUCUACCAAAUUUUUGGUCAAACCUAUAGAAGUGCAGUUGCUUAUGUUUUGAUCACAAUAUCAAUGUGGAUCAUGGUGGGCACCUGGCUUUUUGCGCCCUUCCUCUUCAAUCCUUCUGGUUUUGAGUGGCAAAAGAUUGUGGAUGAUUGGACUGAUUGGAAUAAGUGGAUAAGCAACCAAGGUGGUAUUGGUGUACCCCCAGAAAAAAGUUGGGAAUCUUGGUGGGGGCUGGAACAAGAACAUCUUCGUCAUUCUGGAAAGUCGGGUAUAGCUGCCGAGAUAUUGUUAGCUUUACGAUUUUUUAUCUACCAAUAUGGGCUUGUUUAUCACUUGACCAUCACAAAGAGUACGAAAAGUUUUCUGGUAUAUGGCAUAUCAUGGCUGGCUAUCCUUCUAAUCUUGUUUGUGAUGAAGACUGUUUCUGUUGCACGGCGAAAGUUCGGUGCAGAUUUCCAGCUCAUGUUUCGGCUAAUCAAGGGAUUGAUCUUUCUUACGUUUGUCUCCAUUCUCAUUACUCUGAUUGCACUCCCCCAUAUGACGAUGCAAGAUAUUGUAGUGUGCAUUCUUGCCUUCAUGCCAACUGGUUGGGGUUUGCUUCUGAUUGCUCAAGCUUGCAAGCCUCUUGUACAACGAGCUGGGUUGUGGGGAUCAAUUCAAACGCUUGCCCGUGGCUAUGAAAUUGUGAUGGGUUUGUUUCUUUUCACUCCAGUUGCAUUUCUCGCCUGGUUUCCUUUUGUUUCAGAAUUCCAAACCCGUAUGCUGUUCAACCAAGCAUUCAGCAGAGGUCUACAAAUUUCUCGUAUUCUUGGUGUUGGUGGCCAUAGGCGUAAUAAGCAUAGGAAAGAUCGCAUGUCGUCUGCUACUAGUAACAAGGAUUAAUUUUAGUGCUGGCUGCGCAGCAAUCUUAAUGUUAGACGACCAUCAGAUUUCUUCAUGGAUAUCCAAUCCAUCCUCCUAUUUAGUCCUGUUUUGUAAGCUGCUUUUGUAAUUAGUGUGUUAUGUACAGCCUUUUUUGCUUGUUAGAAUAGAGCUAAUCUUGUCAUGUAUGCAACAAUGCAUAUUAUACAGUUCAUUUGAAGUAAAAUAUCACUAGGAACUCAAGUAUGAGAGUUUCUUUCAGUC